UGGCCGCCACGAAAGCGUACGGUGGUGAUGUUGACGUUGUCGUUCGCACCGAGGUCGCGUCACGUCCUCGCGCAGCGUGAAAACCUAAAACGUGCGUGCGUGCGUGGGUCCGCGUGCGCCGUCCGGACCGUCUUGUUCGUUCAUCGAGCAUCGUCGCGGGCGACGAACAGAGAUCGACGCGAGUGCAAAGGUGGUGUCUGAUUCCGAUCCGAGUCGAGUAUGUGCGGUUUCAGAUCCCUGCCGACCGGAUAUCUCGUCCUCGUAGCUGUGCCCGAGUAGCGCCCGACGACGAAGAAACGCCGAGGAGUCGCGAGAGUGAAGGGACGAGGGACGAAAAAGUUGAAAGAGUGAGAGGGGGAGUUACGAAAACUCGAACGUGUCCAUCGUGAAGUGAGCCGCGAGAACAUCGGAUACACGUUUUUACGUCACGGAAACGUCACUUUGCCGGCGAGGAGGAAUCAAGUGCGGUGGAAAUAAGGAGGCAUCGUUGGAAGGUCGCGCGUGAAAAAAUCCGGCGAGAGAGACAGAGACAGAGAGAGAGAGAGAGGUCUCGCGUCGCGCCUCGUCUCGUCAUCGCGAGUGGUGCGUGAUCUCUUCCACGCGAGUGAAACAAAUGCGUGCGCGUGUCACGACGAGAGGAAGACCGCCAGCGCUGUGCGUCGCCUUCGCGUCGUCGUGCCAUCUUAGCGUCGCGCUAGCAGCAACGAGCAAUCGUCGUCACCGCGAGCUUUUAUUACGCGCGGCGACCCGAGCCAGCUCCGAGGGACGGCCAUAUUAAUCCGUCAUCAUCGUCAUCGUCAUCCUCGCCGAUCCGGAGCCUCGUGACGGAUAAUAUUCGACGACCAGUGCGUGCGUGCGUGCGUGCGUUUUUUUUUUUUUUUUUUUCUUUUGGUUCCCUUCUUCUCUCGUCUCCGUGCUACUGCCUCCUUCGAAAGCCAGCGUCGCCGGAUGACGGCUUGUGUACGUAGUGCGUGCGGCGCGGUACCUGGGUGUGCGACUCGCGACAUAGUCUACGAGGUGCUGCCCGUGCCGCCUCAUGUCUACGCAUCGUCUUCAUCGUCGCACGGACACAGCACAGCGGCUCGCCACCACCGUGUCUACCCCUACCUCCGGCAGCAGCAAUAUUACCCUUCCUAGGCCCUAUGGUAGCCACACGCUUCAAUCAACGACGCACAGUGGCCCAUUCGUGAGCUCCAAAGGACCACAUCAAGAAUAUCUUUUAAAGGGUCUCGAGGUAACACUGAGCGACAGCAAGAAGAAGUACAGUGACAAGGUGAGUGCACUCCUGGCAGCCUGGGAGUAUGUCACCAAUUAUAUUCCUGCGGCACCGCCCGAGGCCAUCCAGUCAGUCAUAGAAUGGGCUCACAGACAUACGUUGACACUGGUAUUGCGCGGGGAGUGGCCCAAGUUAGCACCCGUCGCCAAAACGCACCUCUGCGUAACGCUGCAGAGGUGUGCAACUCAGCUGGUGCAACAUCCCGCUGCGCCCAGGUGUACCGCUCUGCUGACUCUGGUGAACAAUCCAUGGGCGCAUUCCAGCCUCGACAGCAUACUUAACGGCCAACCGAAUUCCGAAGAUGAAGAGGAAUUCUGUUGUUCGGAGAAAGGCGAGCUGCUGACGAUGAGACUGAAAAUACUCUGCGAGGACCGCUGCGAGGACAUAGCGGUGAACCUCGCCGCUGCGUGCGUUCGCUCCCUCAGACGAAGCGAUCGACUACGAUCGCUCUCGGAGUCUCAUCACGUCCACUACAUGAUCGACGUGUACAUUGUCCUCUUGUACAAAUUGAAACGCACGCAAGAUAUUUUCGCUCAAUUAAAAUUAAUGGACCUCAACGACGGGCUUGAAUUGGUCCAGAGGCUUAGCGGUGAGAAGCCAACCAAGUAUGGAACGGCGCGUGUUUGGAGAAAUUCGAUAAAGGCCGCGGAGUUGGUCGCGCAGUAUCUCGUUACUGCCGGGAUGGUUCGACCAAUAUCAGAAACCGGUGCAAACAUUUUAGAGCAGAUCUUAAACUCUUGGGCGCUACUGCAUGCAAAAUUGAAGGACGUCGCACCGACUCUGCCCGGCAUGAUUAGGAAAUUAAUUGAACCCGCGGAAAGUGCUCAACAUAUUUAUAUCUUCUGUGCAGUACUUGCAAAACAUUUUGGCGAGAGUAUAAAACCUUUGGUGAUCGAAUUGUAUAUUAGAGCGCUGACGGCGGACAUGAACGAGCUCGAGAGCCAGAAGGCAAAGUCAGACAAGGAUAAAGAGCGCGAGACCGCCAAGCGUCUUAGUACGCAAUUCCUCAAAUUGGCGGACGUAGUAGACGGUAAUAUCGGCAUUGCGAAGGAAUGCGUCUUGACGGCAUUCUCCUUACAUCCUACCAGAGCUUGCUACGACAGAAUAAAGGAAUUGGCAGUGGCGUGUGGAAAGGCCAAGGAAGACGGUGUUUCGCAAGAGGUGGAAACCAUUAAGAGAGAAGACCCCGACAAAAUCGAAGAAAAGGAUCCAAAAAAUGAUCUCCCUAUACCGACUAUUAAGCUCAAAACUGAGAUAACGGAGAAUAACAGCGUUGCGGAAACAUUCUCGGCACAGUCGUCAAGUUCGAUAGUUUCGGAAACGCAUCCGCCGUAUCAAAAUUCGACCGUCACGAAGAGCGUAGACUUUCAGAAUGAACAAGUGACGAAGACUUUCGAGCAAACCAAUCAGUUACUAAAAAGUCUGUUAACAGCGAAGCCCAACAAAACCGAUACGACAAUACCCCCAGCGCCAACAAGUAACAAGUGUCCUCCGUUGCAUCUAAAACAGGAAUCUCCCGACGAAUCGGCCAGCGAACUGAACUUCAAUUAUGGCAAAUUUACUGAGAGCAACAAAAUGAGCGACGACAAACCGCAAGUGAACGAAGCUAGCACGAUGCCGAGCAACGUGGAGAGACCACCAGAUACCCUGCUUGUGAUUAAGAGCGAGCCGGUGAAUUAUGACGAGAAAUCUGUGCCCAGUCAAGUUCUCGAUGGCGAGAAAUUGGGUCUUUCGCCGCAGCUAUGCGACGAUUUGGCCGUAGUACUGAACAGUCCGCGUUUCAACUUGCUCAGCUGGGUGCUAGAUUGGAAAGAGUUGAAGAACUCGUGCGAGCAGUAUCUGGAAAACGCCGAGGAAAUGCGCAAUACGAAUAAGGAGCUGAAAUUCUUAAAUAUCGAUUACUCGCAGUUCAAGGAUUGGCCAUCGGAAGACGACACCAAAGACAUCUUUUUCGGUAUCGAGAAGGGCUACGAGCAGUGGGCCGACCUGCCAUCUGACAGUUCCGAACAGUUCGGCAGCUUUCAGCCGGCGGCCGGCUACAAGCGCUCGGCGGCACGCCGUAGUUUGGACGACACCACGACGGACUCCGACAGCGGUAGUGUAUUGCGCGUACGACGUACCGCGCGAACGCGUAAGAUUCAUCGGCUAGAAUCGUCCGAGAGCGAUUACGACAGCGGCGAGCCUAAACCAAAGCGCUUUCGAGAUAGAAUCAGCUCGGUAUCGGAUGACAGCGACAGCAAUACGCAAGACAGUCAGACCGAUAGUUUAGGUAGCGACGGUUGUCGGCUGGAAACUAAGAAAAAAUCCAAUAAAUCCAGCGGCAAGGAAUCCAACAACAAACGACCGAAGACAUCGAAGCUCACCGUUGACUCCAUCUCGUGUCCUUACAUGUUAAUGGAUGAGGAGACACAACAUACAAACGCGCACGAGGACGCCAGCGGAUCCUCCGAUGUCAGCAGCAACGACAUCAUCACUCUCUUCUCCGCGGAUAUGGACGAGAACAAAGAGACGAUCAAGGGCUCGGCGUAUACCGCUGCGGCGCAAUUGAUUAUCACGACAGAGAGGCGAAGCGAUCCGGCGGUGCUCAAAACUCUCAGGAUGUACAGACCGCAAAAUUCGAAGAAGAUCUCGCAGAUCCUGCAGAAGAACAUGCUAAACAAGGACACCAGCAACGGCAACCGGGUGGACUGCGCCGAGCAACAGGCAACGAACAACAUCGUGAAAUUUGCACCGAUGCUGAGCACGCUAAAUCUGAAUCCGAAGAUCGUGCUGACGCGCGCAGACGAGGCCGACCGCAAUCUGAUGAACCGCAAGAAACAGCAACAGCGGCUGAGCACCGGUGACAUUACCAACGAAUUGAUUAAUAUAAAGACGACGAUGCCGUUUUCGCCAAACAAUAAGAACGUGAUGACGUAUCAGAAGAAGCAAACAUCCCGCGCCUCGAGUGGUAAGAAGAACACCGCCACUAGUAAGAAAACCGACCUAGUAGAAUGUUCCGUGGUAGUCGAAGGCCAUCGCGAUCAUCAUCGUCUCGGUGGUAAGCCCAACUUGAGUAAGAUGAAGUAUGAUAUUCUCGAGAAAGCCGUUAGGGAUUCCGAUAUAUUGGCUAAAAAUGUACCGGGUAUGAAUUCCUUGGACAUGAUGGUGCCGCCGCGGCAACGCUCCACGGUGAACGUUGUGCAGCUUUCCAGGAGUGGUAUUCCGCAGAGCCCGAGUUCGACGGGCGCGGCGGCGGCGGCGACUAUUAACGUCAGCGGCAACACGCCUCCACGGCCCACGCGCACACCAAGCGUGGCCAGUAACCAAAGCAGCAGCGGUGGCAACAAUAGCAUACAACUACCGGGCACGCCGUCUUCAACGGGCGGCCACGACAGUGGCGUCGGGAUGAGUCCGGCCGGUCAGACACCACCGCUGAGAUCUUCGAACCUCGGAACGCCACCGGACGCGGUUGGCGAGGAAGCCAAUCAACUGCCGGAUGCCGCGUCACCGACGACCAUCAGUCCGACGAUCCCGGCGACGACGAUGACCGCUAACAAUCCCUCGACGAUACAUCAGCUUGACGCCGCCGUCAUCGAAUCGUCCGGUACAGUGCGAACGAUGGCACAGAUACGUCGCGCGAGCAACCAGCACAACAAUCAGUCGCCAAAAAAAUCACCCUCCUCUCCAUGCUCCACGGGAACGAUUGCCAUCUUAACUACGACGACGACAACGACCACGACAACGUCUCCAGGAGGAUUAGCCGCGACACCUAUCACAUCCGAGUCAUUGAAGGCAGUCCUCAUAAACAAACCGGACGGCAGUUACCAUAUUACACCGAUCAAUCCUAAUCAGAGGAAUCUUAUAAGCUUGCAGAAUUUGGACGACGGAAUUGGUUUUGCGCGACAUACAUCGCAGCAGCAGCAACAACAACAACAACGUGGUACAGAUGCGUCAGGUAGCGUGUCGUCUAAUAGAACCGCCUACGAUCGACUUGCCGCUUCCUCCGCGAAGAGCGCAUCGCAGUCAGGUCAAAAUGCCGGUCUGCCGAAGUUUAAUCAAGCCUUCCGCAAAACUCUCUAUACCUUGUCAACGGAUGCGUCUGCAAGUGGCGUCGCCGCGACUGAUCCGCCUCUGGGUAAUGUCCAGCAAGCGACAGCAGGAGCAGCAGCGUCUGCGCAAAAGACGACGACGAAUCUAUCAAAAGCGGUGCAAACAUCCGUGCCGAACAAUCAGCAGCAAUCGCAACAUCAACAACAACAACAGCAGUCAAACGCUGGCAACAUCAACGUGCAAUCGAUCAUUCCCAAUCUCCAAUUGCCGGCCAACAGGCAGAUAGUUAGUAUUGUGCCAAGCUCCGGUAACGGCCCGGCAAACGCCGCCAUCGGCUCGAACCAGGCCGCCAACCAGACACUCACGCAGCUCGUGAACGCAAACACGCCUAGCACUAGUGUCAUAUACACGCACAAGGUGAUAACCGGCAAUAAUCCGAAUCAGCUCAACAUCAUACCGACCAUAUCGCAUACCAACUCUGUACCGGGUGGCAGAACUCCAGUGGUUAAACUUAACAUCAUUCGCCCGGUUAGGCAGCAAAUGGCGGGAACUAUUCAGGCUGUUUUGACGCCGAGACUGCAGCAGCAGCAACAACAACAACAACAACAACAGGCCGUGAGAGCGGACAGUCUGAUGGCUUCUUCGAUCGAUAACCAAGUGAGCUCGACGACUUUGGAACAGCUACGGGAGUUCGAAAGUGUGCUGGAACAAGUGAAGGAGAGGAGUACUCAGCCGCAGGCUCACCAUUCGAUCUCCAGCAGCUCGACCACGACAACCGUGCAGACGCAGACUACUACGCAGCAGACCCAGGCAAAUAAACAGCAGCAACAGAUCUCCGUUAGCGCCCUGGCGCAGCAGUUGAUGAUGCCUACGCAACCUAGCGCCAACAGCGAGUCAUUCGCCAGCAAUAAUAGUAAUACCGUGACAUUUCAGCAGGAUUCCGUGUUCUCGCAGAAGGUUUCCGUGGCCUAUGUGAAUCCGAGCAGCGGCAACCAAGCUGUCACCGCUAAAGUGGCGGCCAACUCUGCACCGACGCCGGUAGUCGUGGUCACUAGUUACUGUCAACCGGCAGCAUCACCGGCAUUGAGCGUCACGUCGCAGAGCUCGUCGAGUCCCUGCGUAACCCCGGCUCCCACGCCAUCAUCUGGCAAAACUCCACCGACGCCGCCAUCUACGGCCGCCACUAAAACCGGGGUGAAGAAAUCAACGCCAAAAGCAGUCAAGACCAGCGCCACUAACACGUCCAAGGCGUCGCCGAUACCAAAACCGCAACAGAAGCCGCAGGAAGACGAGCAGACCGCUCAGCGGAUCUACGCGAUCUUGGACGAGUAUGCGGAGCAAUUGAGAAAUUCGCCGGAUCUGAACAACAAACCGGCGCCCCGAAGAAGAUCCAAUCCGCCGACGAAUCCGAAUCAGUCGUCGAAGAGGAAGAAGUCGAGCUCGAGCAAGAAACCGGCGGGACAGCAAACUUCCGAACUAAGUCCCAGCACGGACGAUCUCGGCAGGACUAUGGGCAGCGAGGACUCGUCCAGCGGCAUCGUACACGUGCAGGACAGCCCGGCUGGAUUCUCCGCGCCGGACGAACCGUCGGUGAGCGUCAACAGCCACGUCUCUGCGGACGCAAGCGCGGAGGUGCGCAGUUUAACGAGCGAUUCGAACGACGGCGUUGAAUUGAACGUGAAGCGGCGUAAUCUCAUCUUCACCCAGGAGCCGGGUUCGGGCCAGCCGCGCACGGUGAUCGUACAGGAAGCGUUGCAACCGAGUUCGGUGAGCGUCAGCGAGGCUCUCGCCUCCGUUACAGGCAAGAUGGGAGGUACUUCGGUGCUGAUGCCGACCAGCAUCGUGCUACCGUUGGUCAAGGGAAGCACUCAGCAGUUUCAUAUAGUGAGCGGAUCUAAGUUACUCACGAUGCCAACGACUAUGCGUACCAGCGGCAACGCCAACGCUCUAGUGCUGCAAUCCUUCCUCAAUCAGAGUACCAAGCUGAUUACGCCGCACGUGAAGCAGAUGAAGAUGCAGCCCACCUUGCAGACCCUGUCGAAUAACAAUCAGACGCUGACCGGUGCGCAGAACGUUCAGACCGCGUCUGUGGUGAUACCUCAGAGCGGAAGCGCGCAAUUUGCCGGAGAGACCGCCAUGGCGACGGUGACGACGCCGGACGUGAAACCCAACGUCAUCAGCGACCUGACGAUGAAGAAUGAAACUGUUGGCAGCGGAAUCGCGGUCGAAUCACCGGCGCCGAACGCCGCCAUCGUAGUUAACAAGAGCAAUAAUCCCACUAUCAGCCUGAUUGGGGCCCGGAACAUCAACGAGAUAUCGGACAGUCAGCAGAUUUGCAGCGUCAUCGCCAGCAACCCGAUGCUCCAGGGCACGACAAGGCUCUUCAACUCGGGAAUACAUAAACUGUCGACGCCCGCGACCUUGAAAGCGGAUAACGUGGUCUGCAUCGCGCCGGCAGCUGCUGCCGCGGUCUCUCAUUCAUCAUCGGAGAAGAAAUCGUCGCAGGACGGGCGGGAGAUUCAUGUCGAGAAACCGGUGUCCAUACAAUCAGGUGCCACCAUCGCGCUCACCUUCACCUCGCAGACCGACGUGAACGCUAUGCUGAACGACAGUAGUCAGCAACAGCAGAAAGACACGAAAGAGAUGUCUACCGAGAUAACAUCCGGCACCAAGAUCAUUUCCCCGAAGAAGAGAAAAUUCAACGACAUUAUUGGGAUUCAGGAGAACAUAUCGCCGAGAACUUUGAUUCCUGCAAACAUUGCCACGUCAUUGCAGAAUAAUACAAAAAUUGAGUCUUCUAUUACUUCCACGAACAAGCAAUCGAGCGUCAUCGACAGCACGACGCAAUUCUUGGUGACCGGUGGACCGAGCAGUUCGGACAGUCAAGAGUCGUCUAUGCAACAGUCCACCGAAACAAUCGACGGAUCCUGCAAGGUCGGGAACGGACUGUUAUACGAAAACGCACGCUUACAGGAAGCCUGGGAAUCGGAAGGAAAGAUUUCACCCGACACGCCAUGGAGAUACGUUCCUGCGUCAAUGAAUACACUGAGCAAUGAUUCCUUGAAAGCGUAUUCUAGGGACAACGACAACUCGGAGAGUGUGCUGCAGAUCAUCAACAAGGGCCAAGGCAUCGAGAUGGCGAGCGGGCAGAUCUACCCAUCGAACACGAAGAAGUACUUCAUGAAUCAUACCCUAGACAUUCCGUAUUCCAAUAAGAGCAACCUGAUGAAGUCGCAACUGAUUCCUAGAUUGGACCGCGAGUUGAUGCAACAGAGGAUAGAGAGGAAAGCCGCGGCGUACGAGCGCGAACUUAAAUUGCAGAAGAGCUUGUCGGAAGAGUGCGAGGACCUGGGUGUCGACGAACCCAGUACGAGCGAUCUAUUUCCCGAGGCGGAUUUGCUAUUUGACACGAAUCACUCACCGUCGUACGAUCAUUCCUCGCAGGACGCAUCCUGCAGCCAGUCUUUGGGCAUGAAGCCAUACAAUAGUUCGUACUUCCGGUCGCUGGACUCGUCGAGCGGCAGCAGGGACGCUAGUCCGACCAGCGAUUUCAAAUCGAACGAGUGUAAAAGGAGCACGAGUCAGCGCGCGAGAACUUUGAAGGAUUCGUUGAAGAGGGGCAAACGAGAGAAGGAGGACCUACAUCUGGGGGUCCCGACGAAACACAUGCGACUAACCUUGGAUAAUCUAAGUCAGGAUGAAGCGUCGAAUAGCAACUCGGACGUCUCUAGGCUAUCGCCGGCGAAUCUCGGCUCGUUGGAGAACGAUUCGUCGAAAGACAUGAGCGGUCAUCAUCGCAUCAAACUAAUUUCAAGGAGUGGUUCCAAGGAAGGUACACCUAGUAGCGUAUCCAGUAUACCAUCCAACAUGAAACUGGACAUUGAUCUCGACUCGGAAUCGCUGCCACCCAGCAUCAACGUCAACAAUACUUCAGCGGCGAGUUCGGGUGACGAGAGUCUAACUCUACUCAGCGGCAACACCGCGGAUCACCACACUAUACCUUCACCGUUAUCACCUUUGGCCGCCGGACCGUUGCUGGCCACGCACAAAUACACGUACGCCAACAAGAAGCGCAUGCCGUCGUCUAAGAUACGCAUGGACUCUUACAUGGCCUGGGAGAGUCCGAUGUCCGAGCGCACGAGGUCGAGCAGCGACGACGAGGACUCGAGCAUCAGCGAGUCGAUCAGCAGCCAACCGGAGGACAACGUUGCGUUGAGCAAUGGCUUGGAAGACAGUGUACAGACAUUAAAAUCCUUGUCGGUCGAUCGUCAUUGCUACGUGAAGAAGGACAAGCUGCAGGUGAACGCGAGGGUAGUGCUGAGUCGUACCGAUCACAAAGCGACGACGGCGAUGGCGGCGCUUCCUAAGCGACUCCCCAAAGCGGAAUCGAUUGCGAUGACCGAGUCGAUGGUGGUGUCGAGCGACAAAGCGUCGGAGGCGUCCGAGGACGAGGCCGGUAACAUCGUGCUGAUGGAGCCUGCGGAUUGUCGUGCUAGAAGAUCCAGUCUGCGCGGCCACGUGAAGAAGGGCUGUGCGUGUUGCAACGGCUCGCCGGAGCGGCCGAAGAAGAAGACGACGACAACGACGGUCAAGUCAACGGAUCACAAAUUGAAGAAGCGCUUGUCGUCGAAGCAGCCCGGUAAGAGAAGGUAGUCCUAGCGAUCGAACGCUCGUACGAGCACCGCGACGUGUUAUUAUAUCACUAAUGUAUCGUCAUUGAUGGUUUUUUGAAACGACGCGAGCGAAAUUGUGCCCGAUGACGGGAUGAUGAUGUAGCUUUUCUCCUCGCAAGAAGGAGAGUUCACGAUUCGGACAGUAAAUCUGAUUUUAAUUCGAAUGAUAUCGAUGAUGGAGCAAGAAGUUAUUGUAAAUAUUACUAGAGACGCGCUUAGACGCGCGAAAUUCCGUGAUUUACCACAUUUGCAACAUUUGGAACAUUUGGCGGCUACAUGCAGGUGUUUAGCUGAGAGAAAUAUUCUCCAAGAGUUUAAAUUAAUAAUGAAUUUACGUUUGAGUGCUAGCGCGCGUGUAUGUGCAUAUAUGAAUACAUGUGUAAAUGUAUGUACGCAAGAGAGAGAAAGGAUAUAAAAUAAUAAACAUAUGAUUUAUAUUAAUUAGAAGUUCUCGUCGAUAUAACAGUAGAUGAUCCUUCUACCAUUAGGUGUUAACGAUAUUAGACUUGUAAGGUACAGAUCAUUUAUGUAUGGCAGACUUAGAUUUUAAAUCGUUAAGAACCGUUUAGCGAUGCAAUCUAGUCAAGUUUUAUGACGAGAACGUGGGCGACGAGUGUAAAACAAAUUAUAAUGAAUGAGAAGAUAAGAGAUUCCGUAAUGCGCGAUCGUUAAUAGAUCCCUCGCAGAGUAAAGAGAGAGAGAGCUUGAAUUUAUAUAAUUCAAUCUACAGUAUGUCUGUAAUGACAGAGCUCUUAUUCCACGUUGUAACAUGGUGUGGUCAGACUGAAUAGACAAAUAAUAAUGAAGUUCUCUUUCCGAAAAAAAA